UUUUAUUUAUGUUUUGCGAUUUAUAUGAAAAUUCUAACUUACGAUUUCUAAUAGAUUUUCAUAUCAAUUUAAAUAAAGAUACAUUUACAGUGGAAAAUUCUUCACUAAAAUCUUUCCACCGUGAACAUUAAGUUGCUCAAAACACUGAGCAAGUAAGCAAGCACAUAACAGAUUGUUAUUGUAUUGAGAAAUUUUGCUGACGCGAAACACCGUUACUCAUUAUUUAUGAAUGUGGGAAUCUUUAACAUAGUUAAUCAUAAGAAUAAGGAGAGUGGCGGCAUGUACGAGGAAUGGAGCUCGCUGCCGCUGGAAGGCGGCGGGCAGGGUGUCCUGAAAGCAGUGGGCGGCCGCGAUGUGGUGCUAGCAGUCAUGAGACAGCUGGCUUCCCAUGAGCCCAGUCCACUUACAAGUGAUGCAGAAGUGGAGUGGGUGCUGGAGGUGGUGCGGUUCGGCCUGGCGCUGCCGCUGAGCGAGCACGAGGCGCUGCGGGACUGCGUGCGCGUGUGCUGCGCGUGGCUGGCGCCGCUGCUGCCGGCCGGCGCUCCGCAGGCGCCGCCGCCGCCCGCCACGCCGCCGCCCGUGCUGGCGCAGCCGCACCGCUACGCGCGCAAGCUGCUCCGACACCUGCAGAACCUCUUCCUGCCGCGCCCCGACGAAAGCGGCGACCUGAUCAGCAAGCAGGCGCUGCUGUGCCACCGCGUACUGCGGCUGGCGCGCUCGCUGGCGGGCGGCGGAGCACUGGGAGCGGCGGAGUGGCGCGCGCUGCUGGCGCUGCUGCUGGCGGCGGCGGCCGCGCUACUGGCGCCGCCCGCGCCGCACCACGCCGCCGCCGACCAGCUCACCGACCGCGUGCUCUGCGUGCUCUUCGAGGUCUGGAUCCUCGCCUGCCACAGAUGUUUUCCCUCACCUCCACUGUGGCGUACACUGCGCGAGCAAUGCAUCAGAUGGAGACACCGGGCCCCACUGACCGAGCAGUGGACUCGCGCAUCGCUCUGUCUGACUGCCAGGCUGCUGAAGCACAUGUAUGGACCCACAUUCCCAGCCAUGCCUAUAAGUGAAGAGGAUUCAAACCUGGUGCCGGCCGAUAUGAGCGCGGAAGCUGUGAUGCAGAGCUGGUACCGUAUGCUGCACACCAUCGGGAACCCAGUCGACUUGUGUCGACCACACGUCAUCAGCCAGACACCUGACUUCCUACAGUACUCGAUGUCGGGGGGAACGCGAGAGCCGUGGCAGCAUCCAUGCCUGGCGGCGCUGCCGGCCAUCUUCCACAAGGCCAUGCGGGGACUCGCCGCACACGUCGACGCCUUCCUCGGGCGGGGCGCAGAGCGGUGGUGGGUGGAGUGCGGGGGCGGGGGCGGGGGCGGGGGCGGGGCGGGGUCCGGGGGCGCGGCGGGGGGCGCGGGAGGCGCGGAGGGCGCGUGCGAGGAGGACACGCCCCCGGCGCACCGCCGGCUGGCCAAGUCCUUCAGCGUCUCCACCGCGCGGCCCCGAGACAAGCCGCCCGACAAAAGUACCCCUCGUACGUCGCUGAUCGGUCUGACGGGCAGUCGGCCACCCAGCGUGGCACCAACCACGCCGCCCAACUCUAUAUCCUCGCAAGUAUGUGAGACGGAGAAGCCGCCGCUGGCUCCACUGCGGCCGAAGGUCAACUCCAUCUUCCACCUAUUCGGGGAGUGGCUGUUCGAGGCCGCGCUUAUUGGAACCACUCCGGCAUACAACAACAAUCAACAACGCGCAGAUGGCACUCCACCACCACCUUCAAUAUCUGAUGCGCAAUACAAGCUCAAUAUGUUGAGCUAUCAGGCAGGACGCGCAGAGGCGCUGGGCGCGGUGUGCCGCGUGCUGUGCUCGAAGCAGAGCCGGGAGGAGGUGCUGGCGCCGUACUUGGCUCGCUGCCUGGCGGCGCUGCGGCACGGGCUGCGGGACCCCAACGUCGCCGCCGCCGUCGUGCUCAACGCUCCAGACAUUUUCAGAUUGGAUUUAGACGGAGUUUUGGUUCUGGUACCGGAUUACAUAACAACACUAGACCGUAUCCUCUCAGAGAGGGAGCCCAAGCUAGAAUGUGGUGGUAUAGACAAGCGCGAGCUGCGUAAGGCCGCCAUCAGCGCGCUCCUGUCGUUGGUCGCCUUCCCUUACCAUUAUAGAGGUCUACCUGUUCCGGAAUUUCCUGGAUGCAAUGAAUACGCGGGCACGUCGCUGGGCGAGCUGACGCGCGCGCGGCUGGCGGCGCUGUGCGUGGCGGCCGUGCAGGUGGAGUGGUCGGCGUCGCUGGCCGCGCCGCUGCUGUCGGCGCUGUACCUCUGCGUGCGGCACCACGCGCCGCCCGAGACGCGCGCCGGCCCCCCGCCGCUCGGCGACGCCAGAGCGCGUUCAGAUAGCGGCAGCGCGACGGGCAGCGACGGACAUUCCUCGCUGGAAGACUUUGCCGCCGACGUUAGAGAACUAGAUCCAUCAUCACCUGUUUUCGGAGCGGCGCUGGUGGUCCGCGCCACUUACCUGGUUUGCCACCGGCUGAUAUCCUCGUGGAAGGGCGACCUGCAGGUGUCGCUGGCUGCACUGGAACUGCUUUCCGGGCUCGCUAAACUGCACUCAGCCAAGCCAGAGGCGACGGAGCGGAAGCGCGCGGUGCGGUGGGUGUGCGACUACAUCAGCGUGCAGUGCGGGCGGCCGCCGCCGGCGCACUCGCGCGACCUGCACUCGUGCGUGGUGGCGGCGUACAGCUGCCUGGCCGCAUGGCUGUGCCCCGCGCUGCUGGCCGACGCCGCCUGCCUCGCCGCGCUCAUGGAGGUCGUCGAGCUCGGCAUCUCCGGCGCCAAGAGCCAGCCUGGGAAACCAGGCGAGCAACCAAAAAUGAAAGACGAGAAAGAAUUAAAACCGGUUUCCAUGAGAGUGCGGGAUGCGGCUGAAUCACUGCUCAUGCUUAUUUUGGAACAGACGGGUACGACCGCCGGCGGCGGCGGCGAGGGCUGGUGCCGGCUCGACGAGCGGUGGCUGGCGGCGCUGGGCCACGGCAAGCUGCGGCACUACGUGGCCGACGGCUCCGUGCUGCUCUCGCUGCUCGAGGAGCCGCUCGCCAACAGCCAGGAGCCGCAGCCCACGCUCAUCGUGAUCAUCCGGUGCGGCUGGGGACGGUACGCGUGGUCACUGAGCAGCCGCGGGGCCGCGCGCUGCGCCACGCGCGGGGGCGGCGCCGCCUGCCCGCGCCCCGUCGACAUGCUGGGGCCCGCCCCGCGCCCCGCGCCCGCCUGCCUGCCCCUGCCGCCCGCGCCGCCCUGUGCCGUUGAUUCUGCAUUUCCCACUUUGGAUUCAGUGUUGAGGCAGCUUAACGACCCCGAUGCUCCGAUAUUGUUCAAGCUCCUAGAACAGCAAGCGAAUAUUGAGAAGCGAGUGAAAGAGAACGAAGACAAUGUUGUACCAGAAGAGUACGUCCCGCCCGAACCCGUGACCGAAUUUCAGACGGCGAGAUUAUUUCUCUCCCAUUUUGGUUACCUAAACAUCGGCGGUGAUAAGAAGGGCGGCGGUCCGCGGCUGACGGCGCUGCGCGGGUGGUCGUCGGGGCUGGCGGCGGCGCUGCGGCGGCUGGACGGCACGGGCGCGCGCGCCGCGCUCACCGCGCACGUGUUCUGCGCGCGCGCAGGCCGCGCCGCCGCCGCGCACAUGCUGGCCGACGUGCGCCGCCCGCGCCUGCUGCCGCCGCCCUUCCUCCGCAUGCUGCGCGGGCUGGGGACGGCGGUACGCGUGCGCGGACACGGCGGGUGGGCGGGACACGCCGCGCGCAGCUACGACGCGCAGCCGCCCGACCUGCAGCCGCCCGCGCCCGCCCUCGACGACGGCUCGCCCGCCGUCUACGACGGCCGCCAACAGGUGGGCACGCUAGCUCGUAGUGCGGCGCGGCCGCAGUACGACGCGCAGCCGCCCGACCUGCAGCCGCCCGCGCCCGCCCUCGACGACGGCUCGCCCGCCGUCUACGACGGCCGCCAACAGGUGGGCACGCUAGCUCGUAGUGCGGCGCGGCCGCAGUACGACGCGCAGCCGCCCGACCUGCAGCCGCCCGCGCCCGCCCUCGACGACGGCUCGCCCGCCGUCUACGACGGCCGCCAACAGGUGGGCACGCUAGCUCGUAGUGCGGCGCGGCCGCAGUACGACGCGCAGCCGCCCGACCUGCAGCCGCCCGCGCCCGCCCUCGACGACGGCUCGCCCGCCGUCUACGACGGCCGCCAACAGGUGGGCACGCUAGCUCGUAGUGCGGCGCGGCCGCAGUACGACGCGCAGCCGCCCGACCUGCAGCCGCCCGCGCCCGCCCUCGACGACGGCUCGCCCGCCGUCUACGACGGCCGCCAACAGGUGGGCACGCUAGCUCGUAGUGCGGCGCGGCCGCAGUACGACGCGCAGCCGCCCGACCUGCAGCCGCCCGCGCCCGCCCUCGACGACGGCUCGCCCGCCGUCUACGACGGCCGCCAACAGGUGGGCACGCUAGCUCGUAGUGCGGCGCGGCCGCAGUACGACGCGCAGCCGCCCGACCUGCAGCCGCCCGCGCCCGCCCUCGACGACGGCUCGCCCGCCGUCUACGACGGCCGCCAACAGAUAUUGUACUGGGCGGACGCAACGAAUGAGAUCGCGUUCAUAGUGCCGUCCGCGGAAGAGACCGACACCGAAACUGAAGACCGACAGAACGACAGCAUCAAAUCCGACGUGGAUGGCUCUUGCAUCUCUGUUAGGAGCUCAGCGAGCAGCGUAGGUGGUGGCGGCGGGAGUGGCGCCAGUGGCGGCGGAGCGGACUCGUGCUGGGACGUGUCGGGCACGGGGACUGGUGACAAGACGCGCGCACUCUCGCUCGACCUCGACCAGAACUCCUCCACCCUAAGUGGUAGUGGAAGACGCAAUAGAGAUUUCACGACGAAGAUACUCAUCAUCUGGCUAGAGGACUUCGAGGACCACCUGAAUUUGCAAAUAGACGAGCUGCUGCGCGAGUGCGAGACCGGCGUGCCGUGGCGGCGGCACGACGUGUGCGUGCUGUGUGUGAGCGCGCACCGCAGCGGACUCGUGCGAGUGAAGGCGGCGCGCGCCUGCGGGGCCCUGCCCGACGGCGCCCUGCUCGCGCCGCACCUGCUGCCCGACUGUCUGCGGCGAGCCGCGCUCGACGCCGCGCGCCGCGCCCGCCUGCACACCGACCUGUACCAGCCGCCGCACGUGCGUCGUCGUCACCUCAUACAGGAACUGGCGCAGAAUUACAAGAUGGACCUCACGGAGCCAGAACUGCUCGAGUCACUGUUCAAACCACCACCAUAAAUACCACCCUACUUUUUGAACCCGAAGUGUGUAAAGAGUCUAGUAUAUUUGGGACCUCUAUCUAACCUAAUUCAGCCCCAAAACAGCGUGGAGUGUAAAGAAUCGUCAGCUUUGGUUGAGGUACCAAGUCUUACCUAUUUCAGCAAAUAAGCAAGUUACUUUAUGUUACAGCUAGGCUUGUCAGAUAGCUAGGGGGAAAUCAGGGAUUGUCCCAGAAUUUCGCGUCUUGUCCCGUGUCCAGUAAUUAGACUUUAUUGUUCCGAAUUCUGAAAGCCUACUUGUUUAACAAAAUAAACAAAUUUUCCUUUUCAAAUACAAACAUAAAUGCUUUCAAAAUAUUAAAGAUACUUUUACUAUGGCCACGUCCCGACACAGUUGUCCUAGAAUUGUCCCGGAUUUGAUAAGUUUCUAUCUGGCAACCCUAGUUACGGAUGAAAGGUGAGAUGAGGGAAUGAGUUUAAAGGAAGGUAUCAUAGUGCUUCGGAAUGGCAACACAUAUGUAUCACGAGUGUGACGUGAUAACAUGAUGUUUGUGGUACAGUUCAUGGAGGCGAUAGUUAACACUUAUCAAUUUGUUUGCCAUUCGAAUUACAUAAAAAAAUGACUAUACUUAUUUAUGUAUAAUUUGAAUAUAGAUCUAUGAAAUUAUUUAAUGUAUUAAUCUAAUUUAAUUUUUAGACUUUAAUUUUUAUGAAUAAAUUAUUGUAAUGACAUU